CCGCCCUUCCUUUCCAAGAUGGCGGCGCCCAGCGGGAGGAGCUGCCGGCGCGCCUGGGCCGCGCUGGUUCCCGCGGCCCUGCUGUGCCUGGCGGCCCGAGCGGCCGCGGGACCGGGCACGGCCCCGGGUGCGACCCCGAGCACGGCCGAGUUCGACGUGCGGCCCGGCGGGGAGGUUCACUCCUUCUCCCGGAGCCUGGGGGAUUUCAGCUGCACCUUCACCUACUCGGCCCAGGGCGGCACAAACGAGCAAUGGCAGAUGAACGUGGCAGUGAGCGAGGACAGCGGGCUCUUCUCCUGCUCCGUCUGGAGGCCCCAAGGGAAGUCUUAUCUCUUCUUUACCCAGUUUAAAGCUGAAGUGAAAGGAGCCAAGAUUGAGUAUGCCAUGGCUUAUUCUCAGGCUGCUGCGGGUGCCCUGAGCGACAUCCCCUUGAAACAGGAAGAAUUUGAGAUCUCUGAAACAGCAGUGUCUCACAGGGAAGGCAAGUUCCGUUUCGAGCUCUCCAAACUCGUGAUUGCAGCAAAACCCGCCCGGGACGAGCUGUGAGCCGGGGCCAUGUGGCACUGAAGGAUCUCCUGGUCACCUGCAGGGCUUUUCUUUUGCCUGGCUGAACCUUUUAUGUUUUCCAUACUGAAAUGUGCUGGGGGCUGAUGUGAGUUGGGCUUGGAGGUGUGAGGACAGGUUUGUUGUGCCUUGUGUCAGAGUGGCAGCUGGAGAUCCCCCUGUGCCCCUUCCUGCCUGGCUGAGCAGGACACAGCUCCUGCAGGGGCUCCUUAUCUGCUCCUGCAGGGGCAGUGCAGGGAGAUAAGAGGCUGGACUUAAGCAGGGUUUGCUAAAGGGAACUUGUUAACUCUGUAUUCUCUGGAGGGGAGAUGGGAUUUCUCUCUCCAGCAGCGUGACAGGAGGAAAUAAUUAAUCUAUUUCUUUCUCUCCCCCUCUGUUUCCCUCUAACUCCACUUCCCUCUCACUGUAUUUCCCCCUAUUUCAUGCUCUCUUUCUUCUCUCUCUCUUUCUCUCUCUGUUUCUUUCUUUUUCUAACUUUCUUUUCCUUUCUAUCUUUAAAAAAGCAGCAGUAGAAACUUUCAGGCUCCCUGAGAGUAAAUUAAAAACAUUUAAAAAACUUUUAAACAUUUAAAUAAAAAAAAUUACUCUCAGGGAGCCUGAAAUUUUUAUAGUGGUUUUUUUUUCUUCUUUUUAUAUAUUCUCUAGAGGGACCCUAAUCAGCAGCCCCACCCCUGGGGAGGGGUUUGGCCAAAUUUCUGGUUCGAUGUGAGGGAGUGGCUGGGCUGGGAGGGAGGGAAGGCAGAGCAGCUUAUUCUGACACAAUCAGGAAUCAAUCCAGGCAACAUUUCCACAUCUCAGCACAACCAUGGGACUAUUUUAUACCUACAGAAAAGUGAUUUUUUUCUUAUCCAGAGGAAUAACAGGGAAUGUGCAAUUCCUUUCCUGUGUGUAAAUACAGCACAAAUAAAGAAAUAAAGCAUCA